AUGCCCGAGGGCCAGGGGGCGCCGCCCUCUCCCCGGGCGGCUCGGAGCGCCCCGGCCAGGGUGUCUGCGGGGCCCGCGACCCGCCCAUCGCCCCGCCUCCCGGCCCGGGGGUCCGCGGGGUGCCCGCAGUCCCCGGAGCCCCCCGAGCCCCCGGAGCCCCCGCGCGGGCGGCGGGGCGCGGUCCGGGCCGGCGUGCCGCAGAAGCUGGCCGAGGCGCUGAGCAGCCAGUACGGGCUCAUCGUGUUCGUGGCGGGGCUGCUGCUCCUGCUGGCCUGGGCGGUGCACGCCUCGGGCGUGGGCAAGAGCCACCUGCUGUGCCUGCUCACGGCGCUCAUGCUGCUGCAGCUGCUCUGGAUGCUGUGGUACGUGCGCCGCAGCGCCGCGCACCGCCGCCUCAUCCGCCCCAAGGACACGCACGCCGGCGCGCGCUGGCUCCGCGGUAGUAUCACGUUGUUUGCAGCCAUUACCAUCAUCCUGGGAUGCCUUAAAGUUGGGUACUUCGUUGGAUUUUCUGAAUGUUUAUCAGCCACUGAAGGAGUUUUCCCUGUCACACAUGCAGUACAUACUCUCUUGCAGGUGUAUUUCCUUUGGGGGCAUGCAAAGGAUGUCAUCCAGUCCUUCAAAACACUGGAAAGAUUUGGGGUGAUCCACUCAGUGUUCACCAAUCUGCUCCUGUGGACCAAUGGUGUCCUGAAUGAAUCAAAGCACCAACUUAAUGAGCACAAGGAACGGCUUAUCACCCUGGGCUUUGGGAACAUCACAAUAGUCUUGGAUGACCACACGCCUCCGUGCAACUGCUCGCCCCCGACGUUCUGCUCUGCCAUCUCGCAGGGGAUCUACUACCUCUACCCCUUCAACAUAGAAUACCAGAUCCUGGCUUCCACGAUGCUCUACGUCCUGUGGAAGAACAUCGGGCGCAAUGUGGACAGUCAGCAGAACCACAACAUGCAGUUUAAGUUCCCCGGGGUCAUGGCGGGCUCGGUCCUGGGCCUGACCGUGCUGGCUGCCACGAUUGGGGUCGUGGUGGUCUAUCUGAUUCAGAUUGGGCGCUCCAAAACCAAGAGCGAGUCGGCACUCAUCAUGUUCUACCUGUAUGCCAUCGCCUUGCUGAUGCUCAUGGGGGCCGCAGGGGUGCUUGGAAUCCGGAUUUACAGGAUAGAUGAGAGAUCACUAGAUGAGUCCAGAAACCCAGCCCGCAAACUGGACGCGGACCUCUUGGUGGGCACUGCCUCCGGCUCCUGGCUCAUCUCCUGGGGGUCUAUCCUGGCCAUCCUCUGUGCUGAAGCCUGUCCCCCCUACACCUGGUUCAACCUGCCCUACUCCAUCCUGGUGAUUGUCGAGAAGUACAUCCAGAACCUCUUCAUCAUCGAGUCCAUUCACCGAGAGCCAGAGAAGCUCUCCGAGGACAUCAGAACCCUGCGGGUGGUCACAGUCUGCAAUGGCAAUACCAUAUCCCUUGCCUCUUCCUGCCUCAAGAGCGGAGCUGUGGCCGAGGAUGUGGCUUCCCUGGGCAGUGACAUGCCACAUACAGUCAACGGAAAUGCACAUCUGAGAGAAGCCUGUGACAGGGAGGGAGAGGAGGGGAGCCAGGAAGGGACCCCAGGCCCAGGCUGCCGCCCUCAUUUCCUGCGGGGUGAUGCCAAGAGAAGAGUGUUGAGGAAUAUCACAGCCUUUUUGUUCCUCUGCAAUAUCUCGCUUUGGAUUCCUCCCGCCUUCGGCUGCCGCCCUGAGUACGACAACGGAUUGGAGGAAAUUGUCUUUGGCUUUGAACCUUGGAUAAUUGUGGUCAACCUGGCCAUGCCUUUUUCUAUUUUCUACCGAAUGCAUGCAGCUGCCUCUCUCUUUGAGGUCUAUUGUAAGAUAUAGUCUGCGUCCACCUCAAAGCCCGAGGAGUGACCUAACAAGAGAAUUCACCGGGGCCACCUGGGCAGGGCCAGGCCUGGCAAACAUUGCCUGACAAAUGCAGGAGCGCUGCCUUUGUCUGCACGGAUCGUUCUUCCCGUGAGCUGGGAUCGGCUGUCACCCCGGAUGAAUGCAAGCAAGUUAGAUCCGCAUCGCGGAGGCGGCUGAAAUCUGGCCUCGGCUCGUUCGUCCUAAUAAAACCCCAAUUAUUAUCUCCUUUCAAAUGCGAUCCUUUGUCUUAGGAGAAUGUGAUCUCCGGUUGGGAGAAAAGAGUAUCCAGUUUGUUUUUCAUAAAAAUUGUUUUCUGUUAUCAUGUUACUACCUAUAACUUUUUUUUUUUUUUUUUACUACUACCUAUAACUUUCGUCGACCAUCUGAGUUGUACCAUCAUCGUUACGUUUUAUCUUUGCCAGGGAUGAUCAAUGUAGAUACAGUCACAUUUGGUUCACAUUGUACUUUCUGAAUAGGUGUGAGUUUUUGAACAAAGUUAUUUUUUAUCAACUGGAUGGAAAUUAGCACAUAGGUCAAUAUGGAGACGUCUUUCUUACUGAAAAUUUGGCACAUUUUUGUGAUCAUCUUGAGUUUUUAAACAAAUUUUUACUAUUCUCUCUCUCACUGUAAAUAUAUACAUGCUUAUUACAGAAAAUGGGGACAUUUUAGAAGGGUAGAGAGAAAGACCAUCUCGGCUGCCAUUGCUCAAUGGACAAUCACUUUUUCUCACCUUGUAUUUCUCUUAGCUGUGUGCCUGCACAGGAUUCUUUUUGUUGUUGUUAUCAUUGUUAUACUUGCUAGUGAUGAUGUGACAAAUUUGAUUUUAUAUCCACUUCCCUCCACUUAACAAUAGAGUAUAAACCUUUUCUACACAUUGUUCCAAAGUCUUAGUACAUAUCAUUUUGAUCUCUACCAAAUGGAUGUGCCAUAGUUAGUUUCCUAUUGUUGGUUUUAGAAUGUUUAUACUUUUUGGUUUUUAUAAGGGACUCUGCAAGAAUCAACUAUCUUUGUAAAGCAUUUCCUGUAUAAUUGCUUCUAUAAGACAAAUACUUAAAAUCAGGAUGCUCUUCCAAAGGUUAUAAAGAUUUUAAAGCCUCUCAAGGAAUAGUGACAUGGAAUGCCUUUGUAUGUG